CGCCUCUGCGCAAAGCACCAAACCAAGUAUGCCUUCUGCUCCUCGUAAGCAAUCCAAGACCUACAAGGUGCCUCGUCGUCCCUUCGAGUCAGCUCGUCUUGACGCUGAACUCAAGCUUGCUGGUGAAUAUGGUUUGAGAAACAAGCAUGAAAUCUGGCGUGUUGCCCUUACUCUCUCGAAGAUCCGUCGUGCUGCUCGUGAGCUUUUGACCCUUGACGAGAAGGAUCCUAAGCGUCUUUUUGAGGGUAAUGCUAUCAUUCGCCGUCUUGUUCGUUUGGGUAUCUUGGAUGAAACCCGUAUGAAGCUUGAUUAUGUCUUGGCUCUUCGCCUUGAAGACUUUUUGGAGCGUCGUUUGCAAACUCAAGUUUUCAAGCUUGGUUUGGCCAAGUCCAUCCACCACGCUCGUGUCUUGAUCUACCAACGUCACAUCCGUGUUGGUAAGCAAAUUGUCAAUGUUCCCUCUUUCGUCGUCCGUUUGGACUCCCAAAAGCACAUUGACUUUGCCCUUACCUCUCCUUAUGGUGGUGGCCGCCCUGGUCGCUGCAAGAGAAAGAGCCUCCGCGCUCAACAAGAAGGUGGUGGUGAAGGCGCUGAAGAAGCUGAAGAAGAGUAAACACCUCAAGAAAUAAAAUGAUCAAGUGAACUAUUAUAGGUAAUUAG